AUGGCCCUUGAUAUCUUCGAUAAACUCAUGCAUACGAAUAAGGAAACUCAGAUCGAGUGUCGCUACUUUCAUCUGCUCCAUUUGUUCCACUCGCAUUUGAUACCGACCCCGACUCAUAGCGAGGAGAGCAGUUCUACCAUCGAAUCCGUCCCCAACAAGAAGCCCAACCUUUCGUGCAAUCAUACCGUCGAAUCCGUCCUCAAAAAGUUCAAGAAUAUACUCAGGUUCUUCCCAUCUUCAAAUAAGCCCCAGUUGCCCAUUAUCAAUUACAAUCCAUCUUCAUUAAGGAUAAUGAAGUUCCCUUGCGCGACUGACCUCCAACUUGCGGGGGUCAAGUUCAAGAAGAAUGAGAAAUCGAAAAACAUCUUGAACGUGAAAUUUAGCCACGGGGUGUUGGAAAUGACGCCCUUCCUGAUACAUGGCGACAGCGAAACUCUCUUUCGGAACCUCGUAGCAUUCGAACAAUGCCGCCGACAUGUAAAUUUCCACUUUUUCACGACUUUCUUUGUUUUCAUGAAUUUCCUUGUCAAUACGUCCAAGGAUGUGGCGCUGCUCCAUCGCAAUGGGAUCAUAUUUCAUUUGUUGGAAAGCGAUGAUGAAGCGGCCAAUCUAUUCAACCGGCUCUGCAGUGGGUCAGCCUAUUCUUUUGAGGGAAGCUAUCUUUCGGCUCUAAAAGACGAUGUGCAAAAACAUUGCGAGAACAAAUGGAACAUGUGGUGGGCGAAGUUGAAGCGCGAUUAUUUCACCAAUCCAUGGUCUUUCAUUUCUUUGAUCGCGGCUUCCAUCCUCCUCCUGCUCACCAUCACCCAAACGUUCUUCACCGUCUUUCCUUAUCUCCGACCGCAGUCCUAG